UCACAGGGGGCAGGAGGGGGGCGGCAGGGAGAGCCCGGGCCCUUCGUUCUGUGACUGGUCUGGGUCUUCUGUGCGGGUCCUCAGCAGCCGGCCGAGGGCACAUGCCCGCAGGGCUGGAGCCGAGGCGGGAGGCCUGGGCCCCGGGGCGGGGCGGCGCGGGGUGCAGUAGCCGGACGGUGAGCCUCGCGGGGCCUGACACUGCCUCCGUCUGCCUGGGGGGCCCAGGGAGCGGUGGUGACCUUCCCCAGAGCCCAGGAGGUGCAGACACGCAGCCUGUGGGGCUGCAGAUGGACCGCCCGAAGCACUCGUCUAAUGCCCCCGUGGGGAAGAAGCCCAGACUGCCCUUGCCCCGGGAGCACAGGCAGCUCUCUCCCGCUCUGAGCCCGACUGUGGCCUGGGACCAGCCCGGGGCCCAGGGCGAAAGGCGGCAGCUGCAGACGCAGGACUGGGUGUGCGAGCCGCCCGAGAGCAGGUGCCCGAACCGCCACUGGAGCGUCAGCAUCGACGAGCGUCGGCGGCUGGCCACGCAGGGCGGCUGGGAGGAGCCGGGCACCAGCGGGCCAACCCCCUACUGCAGGGACAUCGCGCAGCUCGUGGCCCAGCUGGUGUCCGAGGACGUGGACAAGGACGUGCUCCUCCCCCACCCUCUGAGGUCUUCUGAGUCCGCCAACGCCUUCCACGCCUUCCUGGCCCGGAGCGCGCCUUUCUGGCAGACCGUGACUUUGGAGGCGCAGGUCUCGAGGUCACCACCCUUCCAAGAGCCGACUUAGCCCAGUGUCUGUCUUGCAGCGCCUUUCCUGGGGGUCCUGGGGUAGGCGGCGGCUGAGUCCUCUUCACCUCCGUCUGGGGGCUCGUGAGCCCAGGGAUGAGAACACAGGCCCAGGAGGACCCUCUGGCUGCCCCUUCCUUAGAAUGCGUGGCCCUGAGGACUUGGAGGCCACCUCAGGGAGGGGUGCCUUGCCCCAGCCCAGCCUCCAGGAGGCCACCGGGAGGGGCCUGGGGGACAGGGCAGAGUGGGGCUUUCCAGGAGAGCCCUCUGCCACCUGGAGAGCCUGCCUGCACCUUCCAUCUGCAGCUGCGGAUGGCCUGGGAGCGCGGAGGGGGGCAUGAUGGCUCGUGACCAACUCCUUUGCUGUUCCUCCAGGAGGAUGGGGAUUUUGAGGUCAUGAACUACUGGAUACUGAUGCCCACCCAGCUUGGGGGCACUGGGUCUCAUUUUGGGUCCUGCCUGUGGGAGGCCCAAAGGGGCAUGCAUAACCCCGGGGGAGCAGAAGCCAGGGGGUGCUGAAUACAGAGGGAGGCUUCCUGGAGGAGGUGGUGCCUCCCCACCUCAACACAGUGGUUGGUGAACAGGCCAAGAAAGCAGUGUGGGCAGAGGGCAUGGGGAAGCUGUGAGGAGCUGGCCCUGGGCCCACCGAGGUGUCUGCUUUUGGAGGUUGAGGGGUGGGCGGAAGGGUUCUGAGCCGGGGGUGACGAGGCGGAGCUGCAUUCGCGGAGAGGAAGCUGGAGGGGAACUGGAAGUGGGAGGAGGGAAGGAGGGGGACGAUGGCAGGCUCCCAGCCCUCAGGGGCCAUGGAAGGACAGCCGCAGGGGGGGGGGUGCCAUCCCCGGGACUUGGCCACUGACUCUCAGGGGCUCACGGGCUUCUGUGUGGGGGUAGCUGGCUGGAGGGGACUUUGGGCAAGAGGAGGUGACCAACCCCAGGUCUGGGUGAGGGCGGGAGCCAGGCCUGCACGCAGCUGGGCACCUGCCUACAGCGGCCUUCCUCGGUCCCAGAGCCUGCUUCUGAGAGGCUGCUGGCCCACAGGCCAGUGGAUGUGUCCCGAGGGGGGCGAGGUUUAGGCCCCCUCCCCCUCCUCCUUAGGGACCCUGCUGAAGUGGGGGGUGGUUGUCGUGGGCCAGGCUCCAUGCUGGGCAGGAAGUCCCCCACCCCAACUAGCGCUCACAGUGCAGAGUGGGAGCUAAAGUGCCAACAGUCAGGGUAGAGGUAACAAGGGCUUUGGAGUUCUUUGUCACGGAGUGGCUUUAAAGGACUCCCAUGUUGUCACUAGAGAUCCGGAGGUUCACCGGGCUGACCUACCAGUUCUGGUCUCGCUUGGGGCCGGUCAUGAGGCUGCAGUCAGAUGGUGGUGAGUCCAGGAUGCCCGGAUGGCCAGCCCUCUGCCUUUCACGCGCUCUCGGCGCCUCCGCCCAGCAGGGAGCCAGCUGCCCGGGGGGCCCAGCACCCAGACCUCGCACCAUGGCGGCGGAGCAGAGAGGCCUGGGAGGGCCGAGGCCCCAGCCGGGCAGCAUCCUCUGCUGCCUCCUCUGUGCUUACCGUGGCCUCAGGACCAGCCCGGUGGCCUCCUCUGGUAGAGCGCGGUGCCCAGGACAGGCGUCACUCACCAGCUGGGGACGGAUUUGCUGUCACCGGGAGGGCUGGUUUCUACUGCUGCCCCAACCAGCCACCGCCGCAGACUUCAUGUCCUCAAUUUCCCUGGCUGGGGGCUCUGUAGAAGUCCAAAACAGACCUCCCAGCCUAAGAGCAGGCCGUGGGCAGGGCUGCCUGCCCUUCUGGAGGCUCUUGGGGAGAAUCUGUUCCUGGCCUUUUUCAGCUUCUGGAAGCUGCCCGCUCUCCGUGGCGCAAUGACCCCUCCCUCCGCCUUCAGGGCAGCGUCAGCCCCCUGCCCCCCCCCCCCCCCCCCGUCACGGCUGAGCAGUCCUCCUGCCAGCACAUUCGCAGGUUUGGGGUGAGACGUGGACAUCUUCUGGGGGGCACUGUGCCUUCCACAGGGGCUCCUGGCAUCGCUGCUUCACGUCCACAGAACACAGGACUGCCCCCAACAGCCAAGGAUGAUUGGGCCCCAAAUGGGAACAGUACUCCCGCUGAGAGUCCCAGGAAGGGAAGAGGGUCCACCCAGCAGACAGAGUGGGCGUCAGCAGGACGAGCAGAGAGGGAGAGUCUGGGGUCAGCGCCAGUCUGGCGAGGACAUCACCUGGGCCACCCCCGGCCGUGGACACUGCAACGCCCCCCCGUGUCCACUCUGCCUUAUUUUUUUUUUCUUUCUUUUUUUUUUUUUAAGAUUUUAUUUAUUUGAUAGAGACACAGUGAGAGAAGGAACACAAGCAGGGGGAGUGGGAGAGGGAGAAGCAGGCUUCCCGCAGAGCAGGGAGCCCGACGCGGGGCUCGAUCCCAGGACUCCCGGACCAUGACCUGAGCCGAAGGCAGACGCUUAACGACUGAGCCACCCAGGUGCCCCUUUUUUUUUUUAUUUCUUUUGAGCGAGUGCAAGCGGGCAUAGGGUCAGAGGGAGAGAGAAUCCCAACCAGACUCCCCCCUGAGCACAGAGCCCGCCCCCACAACCCUCACCUGAGCCGAAAUCAAGAGCCAGACACUUCACCGACUGUGCCCCCCCAGGUGCCCCCCAUGUCCAUUCUUCACUGCCCAUUCCCUCCCUUUCAGCCAGGUGGGUCUCUCCUCAAGCUCCAGGAGGAACAACACACCUCCCCAGGACUCUCAGAGACAUCCCCAGGUGGGGGGCCAUUUGGGGACAUCCCUGGGUGCUCUGGUGGCAGGGCAGACAGUGUCCCACAUGCAGGCUUGCCCGGGCUGGCUGCAUGAUGUCCCUCGUGUCCUAGCACCUGCCUGUGCUCACAAGGGAGGCCAGCCUGGAGCAGGGAGCAGAGAGCAGGAAGGAGAGGAGGAAGGGAGGUGUGUGCUGGGGGGUGUCGUCUGCGUCCUCCCGAGCGAGGGCCAGCAGACGACCACGACCCAGCACUGCCCCAGCUGAAAAAAAUGACUUCGUGGGCUUUGCAAGAACACACUCACUAUUCAACAAUCCAACACUGAAGUUUUAAAAAUCUCGCCCACAAUUUCAUCAAGAUAAGGCUGUUGACAUUCGGAGAAGGUUAUCCAGGUAUUUCUAGAGACCGAGGCAGUGAGGAGCGAGCAUGUGGAAAUACAGAAUAAGUACAGAGCUCCUCCCUGCAAAUUUAAAAAAUUUUAAUUUUAAGGGAAAACAUGAUUGCUGAAUUAGACGAAUGCGUCUUCACCCCAAGUUUAAAAGCUUCUCCUAAGAUUAUUUUUAGAAAUUGCAAAAAUCAAGGGACAGUGUCACGUGGCUUUGGCAGCCAUCUCCCCUCAGACAGCCUUGGCUGACGUCCCACUUCAAAUGCUGAGGAGCUGACGCCCCCGCCCGCCGAGACCGUCAUUCCCGCUCGGGGCUGGACUGGCCUCAGGCCUGCACCCACCAGCCCCCCCGCGCCGCGCAGGCCGUGGGGAGCUCGCCACCCCCACGUGGCCGCUCAGUCUUUGCUUUGCUUGUAUCCUCACUGGCUUUCCGUGAAAGACUUUGUCCCUCGGCUUACAGACGUUUGCCUGCGGCCCUUAGACUUAGCCGGGGCGGGCGACCCGUCCUACCUUAGCCGCUGCUCGCUUUCCCCCGCCGAGCCGGCUUCGCACACUGAGCGCUGGGCAGGAAUGCGGGCCCAGCGGCGGGUCUGUCUUGCACGUGACCUGCUCUUUCCGAAAGCCCGGUGACUCAGGCGAGAUGGGCCUCAGCACAGAUGCCGCUCAGUCGGGAUUUCUGGAACGGCGUGCGGGCCCCUCGUCCUCGGACUCACUUGCAGAUUUCCGAAUGCUCUGUCUAGUGCUGUGCCUUGGGCGCUGUGUGCUUCCCUGCGUGUCCUUGCUCGCCUCCUCUCAGCCCUCACCAUGCAGCCGCCAAGGGGUCCCCCGAGGAACGGUCGCUCGGAGCCCUCAGUGUGGCCCCACGGGGCGCUGCGCCCAUACAGGACCAUGGUCCCCCCAAGUGGCCGCCACCCCCACCACGGGCCCCUCCUUCCCCAAUGCCCUGAUCUCUCUCAACAUCCAUGCCCCUCAGUAUGACCUCCGUCCCCUUGCCCUCCUCCUUUUUGGCAUCCAGAUAUUAUUUACGACCCACCAGCCGGCACGCUCCCCCAGGGCAGAGACCCUGUCUCCCCACCCCCUGCCCCGUCUAAAUAGUGUGGUAUGAAGCAGGUGCUUAACAAGUCAUAAUUGAAUGAAUAAGUUAUUGUUUUACUUGCUUUGUCUCGCCCCCAAAUCAUCUCCAGCCUUUCCCGCACUGGUAAUCCAACAUUCUGCCCCUUGCUGUUCCUGACUUAUUCUAGCAAUGGUGUGAUUUUGAGGAAACGUGUUUCCUCAGCUCUUAACUCUCACUCCCAUCCUGCUGUUUUGUCAUCCAGUACUGGAGCUUCUGAUGACUGAUGACAUGUGUGGACCACGUUCCCAUGGCCUCUGGCACUCCUGCGGGGUUUCCACUGGCCCCUCGCCCCCUCCCUCCUCCAGUUUCUCUGUUGUUGGAUAUGUGGAGGUGGCUGGAGGUGGGUGGAGGUGGCCGCCAGGCCUUCAUUCCUGUUCUGACGCGAGGAGCCAUCUCCUGAACGUCUUUUUGCCCUGCUAAUAAAUGGAUGGAUUCCUAAGUCUCUUUUGCAA